GAGCAUUAGACACCGGAGGGGGCACCUGGGACCAACUUCGCGGAGCGGGGAGCCCGGCGGGGGGGUUGGGGGAGCAAAAGACCCGCGGCCUCAGCCCCUCCAAAGAACCGGGAGAUGACGGGGAAAGCGGGGGAAGCGCUGAGCAAGCCCAAAUCUGAGACAGUGGCCAAGAGUACCUCGGGGGGCGCCCCGGCCAGGUGCACAGGUUUCGGCAUCCAGGAGAUCCUAGGCUUGAACAAGGAGCCUCCUAGCUCCCACCCGCGGGCUGCCCUCGACGGCCUGGCCCCGGGGCACUUGCUGGCUGCGCGCUCCGUGCUCAGUCCGGCAGGAGUGGGCAGCAUGGGGCUGCUGGGGCCCGGGGGGCUUCCCGGCUUCUACGCACAGCCCACCUUCCUGGAAGUGCUGUCUGAUCCUCAGAGCGUCCACUUGCAGCCACUAGGCAGAGCGUCGGGGCCGCUGGACACCAGCCAGACGGCCAGCUCGGAUUCCGAAGAUGUUUCCUCCAGUGACCGAAAAAUGUCCAAAUCGGCUUUAAACCAGACCAAGAAACGCAAGAAGCGGCGACACAGGACAAUCUUUACUUCCUAUCAGUUAGAGGAGCUGGAGAAGGCAUUCAAUGAAGCCCACUACCCAGAUGUCUAUGCCCGGGAGAUGCUGGCCAUGAAAACGGAACUGCCCGAAGACAGAAUACAGGUUUGGUUCCAGAACCGCAGAGCCAAGUGGAGGAAGAGAGAAAAGUGCUGGGGCAGGAGCAGCGUCAUGGCUGAGUACGGGCUCUACGGGGCCAUGGUCCGGCACUCCAUCCCCCUGCCCGAGUCUAUCCUCAAAUCUGCCAAGGAUGGCAUCAUGGACUCCUGUGCCCCGUGGCUACUGGUUCAAGAUGGCUUUCCCAGACGCUUUUCUAAACCCGAAUACCAACAAUUCUUUUUAGGGAUGCACAAAAAGUCGCUGGAGGCAGCAGCCGAGUCGGGAAGGAAGCCUGAGGUGGAACGGCAGACCCUGCCCAAGCUCGACAAGAUGGAGCAGGAGGACCGGGCCCCAGAUGCCCAGGCAGCCAUCUCCCAGGAGGAACUGAGGGAGAACAGCAUUGCCGCCCUCAGAGCCAAAGCGCAGGAGCACAGCACCAAGGUUCUGGGGACUGUGUCAGGGCCGGACAGCCUGGCCAGGAACGCUGAGAAGCCAGCAGAGGAGGAAGCCAUGGAUGAAGACAGGCCAGCAGGGAAGCUCAGCCCACCACAGCUGGAGGACAUGGCUUAG